AUGCUUCGAGUGACGAGUUCGCGGCGUGCGGCGGGAUUGAAGCCUGGCGACUUUGAUCACAACAUUGACCUUGUUGACCACGAUAAUAAGGCUGAUUCUCCUGCUGGAUUAUCUGUCGGGGGACCCUCGAUUGAGAGCGCAUCGACGGAAUCACGCCUUUUGCGCCCCGAAGAUGGCGCGACGCAAGGCGACAACCCCGAUAGCCCUCGGGUCGAGGAGCGCCCCGUGGAAGAGCUGCAGGCUGAGCAGGAGCUGCCUCAACUUGCCGUAAGGCCCUCAAUUGAAGUUCAAGCGCCGACGCCAGGUGAAUUUCAUGGGGGCAAGAAUGUUGUACCCAGGAAACCAAAAGUUAAACGAGAGACUGCCAUUGACAUCCUGUAUGAGAAUGAGCGAGGCGGUUUCUUAUGUGGCCGACCUCUAUUCUCAGCCGCUGCCCUCGGAGGUAUUGAUGCCUCGGCAUGGACAAACAUGUAUCAUAAGCCUUCACCAACCAAUAUCAACAAUGCACAGGUUCCUGACCCCUCAUGGGAAUGGGUAUGGUCAGAAUGGCAUCUCAACAUCCAAGAUGGGACGGAUGAAGGUGGUUGGGAAUAUUCAUUUGCGUUCAGCAAGAGAUUCUCAUGGCACGGUGCACGAUGGUACAAUUCGUUCGUGCGACGACGGGCAUGGACCCGGAAGCGAGCCAAAAAGAGGCCCGAGGAUAUUUCCGCGGACCCUUACAUGGAGAAUGGAGAGUAUUUUACUGUGCGACCAGCAUCGGAUAGAACAACUUGUCCAUCUCAGAGGAGCCUGUCUAGCAGCCGAACCCCUAGUAGGACGAACCUUAGUGGUGUAUCCUCACGGGAAUCGGGACAGACAAUGCCGGACAUUGAGCAUUUGGAUACCCUUAUCCAUAGACUACACCAAUCGAGGAUCGACCGCGAAAAGCUCGAUGCAACGAAAAAUUAUUUGAGGAACGCUACAGAUCUUGGUGAUCUACCCGACAGAAUACAUGAGAUCAUGGCUCUCUUCGUGUUCCAGGCUUCACGGAGACUUCUCUUGAGCCAUAUCAUCCAUAUAUAUGAUGAAUCGACGAAAGAGCUCGAAACGAAGGACAGCGUGGAGGUUAAGGAGCACCACGAGGCCGUUAAAUCUGCGCUUAAGCAUGCAGAUGAAGAGGUACGGAAGCUUGCUUAUUGGAGCGAUGUUAAACAUAUGGCAGUUGAGGGGAAGUCCCAACAUGCCGUCGACGAAGAGAAAGGCUGGGAAAAUGGCUGGGAGGGAUUGGACAACAGUGGUCCCUCACACCCGAAUACUGAUAAUUUGGCACGGCCAAGAGGGUCAUGA